AAAAAACUCCUACCACAGCAAGAGUCCCGAACAAAUCAAUAGAUCAUACAAAAUUUUCCCCUUAGAAAAACACCUAAACUUUAUCUCCCUAGCUAUUCCAACCCUUUUCCCAAUCUUCCUUUCCUUCUCUCUGGGUCUGUCAGUGCUCCAUCCUCCCAGAGCUUACCCCAUGUAUCCCGCUGCUGCAGAGAUCACGCCCAGCUCCUGGACCUGCAGCAGCAGCAGCAGCAGCAGCAGCAGAGACUGCAGUGCAAACGGAUGCUGAUCUCUGCUCCUUCCCCUUCCUUUCUUGAAUUCUUGCCCCCUUUUCUUCUGCUGCCGCUUCUUCUUUUUUUCUUCUCUUCUUCUUCUUGGAGCUUCCCACGUCCACACAUACCCCAAGAACCAAGCAAAUAAAGAAAGAGAGUAGCUACCUGUGUCUUCUUCAGCUACUACUAUUAGUGGUAGCCAUUCUAUUAUAUGGAUGCGUGCACAGAUGCAUGAUAGAUUAGGUAGCUAGCUUGGCAGGCGAGUUGCAGGUUUGCAGCCAAGAAGAUUGGGAGUAGUGGUGUGUAUGGAGGAUCUGUACAGCAUCCACCCGGGGAUCUCGCGCGCUGGGGGCGCCGCCGCGGCCGCGGCCAGAGAGGCGUCCGGGGUCGCCGGUGGAGCAGGCUCGCCCUCGGCGCCGCCGCCUCCCCCGCCGCCGGCGGAUCUGGUGGAGCUGGUGAAGGCGCAGAUCGCCGGACACCCGCGCUACCCCUCCCUCCUCUCCGCCUACAUCGAGUGUCGCAAGGUGGGCGCGCCGCCGGAGAUGGCCACGCUGCUGGAGGAGAUCGGCCGGGAGAGGUGCGCCGCCGCCGCCUCCGCCGCCGGGGAGGUCGGCCUUGACCCCGAGCUCGACGAGUUCAUGGAGGCGUACUGCCGGGUGCUGGAGCGGUACAAGGAGGAGCUGUCGCGGCCGUUCGACGAGGCGGCGUCCUUCCUCAGCAGCGUCCGGACGCAGCUCAGCACCCUCUGUGGCGGCGCCGCCUCGCUCUCCGAUGAAAUUUUCGGGUCCUCAGAGGAUGAACCAUGCUCAGGAGACACAGAUGAGACCGACCUGGGGCAAGAGCACAGCUCCCGCUUGGCUGACCGUGAACUCAAGGAGAUGCUGCUCAAGAAGUACAGCGGCUGCCUCAGUCGCCUGCGGUCCGAAUUCUUGAAGAAGCGGAAGAAAGGGAAGCUACCGAAGGAUGCACGGUCAGUUCUUAUGGACUGGUGGAGCACACAUUACCGAUGGCCAUACCCUACGGAAGAGGACAAGGUGAGGCUCGCAGCAAUGACCAGCCUUGACCCGAAGCAGAUCAACAACUGGUUCAUCAACCAGAGGAAGCGGCACUGGAAGCCAUCCGAGGACAUGCGGUUCGCGCUUAUGGAGGGUGUCACUGGAGGCGGACCAUCCUCGGGGACGACGCUCUACUUUGACACAGGCACCAUCGGGCGGCCAUGAGAGGACACCCCUUUCAGCAGGCAAGGGCAGUGGGUUUGCAAUGCACCCGGUGUGUGUCAUGAGUAAUGCCGUAAUGGUUGAUAUGAAAAUUAGUCACAUGAACCAAUAACCUCAGCAUUUUGUCGGAUUAUUGUGUAAAUGGCGAUGAAUGUGUCAGGACAGUAUGCAAAAGGGACUUGUUCAGGUAGCCUGUAAAGACUUGUCUGAAGCUACCAUAACAUGAAUUAAUCAAUUAAUUGUUUGUAUCCCUGUCAAUUACCCAGUGAAAUCUUUCAAAGACCGGGAAUUGGGAAUUAAAAGUGAUACUUC